GAGAAGCUUCGUCGAAUCUAGAUAAGCAGAAGACUAGAGAGAGAGAGAGAGCAUAUAUGCCACAUCCUUCAUCAUCUUCUUCUAUAUAUCUCACUUCUUCCUCUCAACUUUACCGAUCAGAUCUCUCAACCGCUACGGAUUUCGUUUAUUCGCGUUUCUAUGAGUUUCUUGUCGAAUUGCCAGGGGAGAAGCUUCGAAUUUCGCGUUGGUGGAAUCUGAGUUCAAUUGAAUGCGUACAGCGGUUGAAGUAACUUCUAGUGUGGCGGAGACGAUAAGAAGGAGAGACUGCGGUCUAGUUAUCCGGAGUUGGUGUCGGUGGGGCAAGUGCGGCUGAUGUAGUAACAACCGCUCGAGCUAAAUUGAACUUCUAAAUUCUUCUCAAUUGAUCGGAGGAGAAGACGCUUAAUUAAGUUUCUCUAGACUUGUGGUAGUACAAGUACAAGAAUUUGAAAUAUGCAGCAAGAUCAGAGAAACAAGGAUCAAAAAGAGUGUGAGUUCUUCACGGAGUAUGGGGAGGCUAAUAGAUAUAAAAUUAUUGAAGUGAUAGGGAAGGGAAGCUAUGGAGUUGUUUGUGCAGCUGUUGAUACACACACAGGAGAAAAAGUUGCAAUUAAGAAGAUAACCGACAUUUUCGAACACAUAUCCGAUGCACUCCGAAUCUUGCGCGAGAUCAAGUUGCUCAGGCUUUUGAGACACCCUGACAUUGUUGAGAUCAAGUGCAUCAUGCUUCCACCGUCAAGGAGGGAAUUCAAGGACAUUUAUGUCGUCUUUGAACUAAUGGAAUCAGAUCUUCAUCAGGUUAUCAAAGCUAACGAUGAUUUGACGCAGGAUCAUCAUCGGUUUUUCCUCUAUCAGAUGUUACGUGCCCUUAAAUAUAUGCAUACAGCAAAUGUGUACCAUAGGGAUCUCAAACCUAAGAAUAUAUUGGCGAAUGCAAAUUGUAAGCUCAAAAUCUGUGAUUUUGGAUUAGCAAGAGUUGCGUUUAAUGAUGCACCCACAACAAUAUUUUGGACGGAUUACGUAGCCACCAGAUGGUAUAGAGCUCCUGAGCUAUGCGGAUCGUUCUUCUCAAAGUAUACACCCGCCAUUGAUAUCUGGAGUAUCGGUUGCAUCUUUGCUGAAGUACUAACCGGGAGACCACUAUUUCCUGGAAAAAGUAUCGUUCAUCAGUUGGAUUUGAUCACUGAUCUUCUUGGAACACCAUCAGCAGACACAAUAAAUGGAGUUAGAAACGAGAAGGCGAGGAAAUACUUGACAUCUAUGCGGAAGAAAAAAGCCAUUGCAUUUGCCGACAAAUUUCCAAAUGCAGAUCCUUUAGCACUCAAUUUAUUGCAAAGAUUAUUGGCUUUCGAUACAAAGGAUCGCCCAACUGCCCAAGAGGCUCUGGCUGAUCCAUAUUUCAAGGGUCUAGCCAAAGUUGAAAGAGAACCUUCUUGUCAGGCAAUCUCAAAGCUAGAAUUUGAGUUUGAAAGAAGAAGGGUGACAAAAGAGGAUAUCAGAGAGCUAAUAUUUAGGGAGGUAUUGGAAUAUCAUCCUCAGAUGCUCAACGAUUAUAUGUCAGGAUACGACGGGCCAAACUUCCUCUAUCCUAGUGCUGUAGGCCAAUUCAGAAAGCAGUUUGCCUAUCUUGAGGAAAAUAGUGGUAAAAGUGGACCAGUUAUUCCGCCAGAAAGGAAGCAUGUCUCUCUUCCUCGGUCUACUACGGUUAACUCCUCGAAUAUGAUAGCUCCUCGAGCAAAUGCUAACAUGGCGGCGAUACCUUAUGCCAAUAGACAAGGUAUCGAGGAUACUAUUUCAGGAAACAUCGUCAGACCAUCGCGCCCUCCACCUAGGAUUCCUGCUGCAAAACCGGGGAGGGUUGUUGGGCCAGUUAUACCAUACGAAAGUUACAAAAACGAAACACGGAUUUUCAUUUACAACGGCAUGAAUCUAUCCUCCCAGCAAAUAGUUUCCCCACAUUUACACAAUAAACGUGGUACAGAAUCAGAGGCAGUUAAUAAGAGUGGUCUUUCCACAACAGGCAAAGAGAAACCACGAUCGAAUGGCAUGUCGAUUUCGAAACCAAUUUCACAGAUGGGAAUGGAAAUGAAUAAGGAUCGAUUUUAUGAGAGGCAAACAAAAGUAUCGAUGUUAACGGACCAGAUUGCGAUGAAUGCGAGGUUAAUGCAUGAUCAGUCUCAGUUUAAUGCCCAUAGGGAGGUGGUGGGAGCUGUUCAGUAUGGUUUGUCAUAGUGAAAUAUAUGUUUUGUACAUGCUCUUUCUUGUUAGUAUAUAUAAUAUAUAUCAGUAUAUAUAUAUAUAAUUAUUGUUGUUAUAUUUAGAUGUAUAAUAACACUACUCUUUUGAUUGAUUAUGCAAUUUAUAUUUGAAUG